AUGCACCAUAUGGGAAUGGAUAUGGAUCAUGGUCAUGACCAUGGUGAUGGUGAUAUGGAUAUGGGACAAUGCAAUAUGAAUAUGCUCUUUACUUGGUCGACCAAAAACCUGUGUAUUAUUUUUUCACGAUGGCGAAUUACCGGUCCUCUGUCUCUUCUCGGUUCCUUGGUGGUCAUUGUCAUCUUGACUGCGGGAUACGAAGGAGUUCGACAAGUUACCCGUCAAUAUGAAGUGGCGCAUGCUCGACGAUUAAGUGCGUAUUCUUCGACUGCGGUCGGAAGCAAUGAGAUCGGCAACGAUGCUAUCACAGCCGAUGAUGCCCUUGGAAACCAAACAUACGUCCCCGACACGAGCUCACCGCUACUUGUAGGUAGUGACAACAAGAGGGCUAUUGAGCGGAGAGGAAAAAUCACCAUGGCAGCGCUAUAUGCGGUCCAGGUGUUUUAUAGUUUUUUUAUCAUGCUUCUCUUCAUGACCUAUAAUGGUUUCGUUAUGCUUGCGGUUGCUGUGGGGGCGUUUGUGGGAUAUUUGGCUUUUGGGGAGAACAUGUCGGCCACCAAAUCAGUUGCCUGCCACUGA